AUGUCGACUGACAAGAUCACUUUUCUUACGAAUUGGCACGCCACGCCAUACCACGCCCCUUUAUUCCUAGCCCAGGCCAGGGGUUACUUUGACGAUGAAGGCAUUAAAGUUGCCAUUGUCGAACCUAAUGACCCGAGUGACGUGACGGAGAUGAUCGGCAGUGGCAAAAUCGACCUCGGCUUCAAGGCGAUGAUCCACACGCUUGCAGCAAAGGCACACGGCUUUCCGGUUGUGUCGAUCGGCAGUCUUCUCGAUGAGCCAUUCACGGGCGUGGUCUACUUCAAGUCGUCGGGUAUCACGACGGACUUCCGCAGUCUCCGGGGCAAGCGUAUCGGCUACGUGGGCGAGUUCGGCAAGAUCCAGAUCGACGAACUGACGAGCCACUAUGGCAUGAGCCCGUUGGACUACACGGCCGUGCGCUGUGGUAUGAACGUGUCGCGGGCAAUCAUUGACGGCAGCAUCGACGCAGGCAUUGGCUUGGAGAACGUACAGAUGGUAGAGUUAGAGGAGUGGCUGGCAAGCCAGGGCCGGGAUCGGUCCGAGGUUACGAUGCUGCGCAUCGACGAGCUGGCCGAGCUGGGCUGCUGCUGUUUCUGCUCCAUCCUGUACAUUGGCCAUGAGCGGUUUGUGGCUGAGAAUCCGGAAAAGGUGCGCGCCUUCUUGCGUGCCGUCAAGCGGGCCACCGAUUUUGUGCUCGCCGAACCCGAGACGGCCUGGAAAGAAUACGUGGCCUGCAAGCCACCCAUGGACACGGCCCUCAACCGCAAGAUCUUUGAGCGCAGCUACGCCUACCUGUCCAAUGAUCUCAAGAACGUCCAACGCGACUGGGCCAAGGUUACUGCCUACGGCAAGCGUCUUGGCGUGCUCAACGCCGACUUUGCGCCCAACUACACUAAUGAUUUUCUCGAGUGGACCCUGGCGCCCGAGUCGGCCGACCCAACUGGCGACCAGAAGCGCAUUGCUGUCUUGCAGAAGGACGUCGCCGUCCAUGGCGGUUUCCAUCGUGUGGGCGAGCAGGUGGUGUGA